UUCGCGUAUCCUCACAGACCAGGCGCUCAGGUCGAUUCUAUCUGGUUUGAGCUUCGAGAUUGAGGCUGGUAAAACUGUGGCUUUGGUGGGCCCAAGCGGCGGAGGGAAAUCGACUGUGUUCGCCCUUCUGCAGCGAUUUUAUGACCCCACUGGUGGCGAGAUACUAGUUGAGCCUGCUCAGGCUCGUCUAGAAGAUAUGAAUGUUGGCUGGUGGCGAAGUCAGAUUGGGUUUGUAGCACAAGAGCCUGUUCUCUUCGACUUGAGCUUGGAAGAGAACGUUCGAUACGGGUCACCACCUGUUGGGCGCCCGGAGAUGCUCUCUAUUUGUGGUCGGGCUGGUAUGAAUGACUUUGCUGGUAACAAGGUGGCUUGGGAUGCCGGUUUGGGCCCUCGAGGUGGUCUACUAUCGGGAGGCCAGAAGCAGAGAGUGGCCAUUGCUAGGGCAUUGAUGCGGCAUCCGAGGUUACUCAUGCUCGACGAGGCGACCUCUGCAUUGGAUUCGGCAUCAGAAGCAGUAGUGCAGAAGGCUAUUGAUGAGCUGACUACGACGAGACAAGCCUCCACUGAUGGUACGGUGGUAAAGCCAACAACACUGAUCAUAGCCCAUCGUUUAUCGACUAUCACCAAUGCCGAUCUGAUACUGGUGAUAGCCGGUGGACGGCUGGUCGAACAAGGCACCCACACCGAGCUGUUGACUAAAGAGGGCGUCUACUACGAUCUAUACCAGAAGGGCAGUUUGUAA